AUUACUCCUGCUCGUCCACGUGAGCUUACUAGACUGAAGAAGAACCAGAGAACUGUCUCUCGCACGUAUGGAGGAUGUCUGUCGCCUAAUGCUGUGAAGGAGCGUAUCAUCCGUUCAUUCCUCCUUGAAGAGCAGAAGAUUGUUUCAAAGGUUCUCAAGUCCCGAAGAGGAGCCGAAUAA